ACGUGGGGCCAGUUACACGGUGUGUGGAGGCUGUCCUGACUGCAGCUCCUGUGUGUGUGUGUGUGUGUGUGCUGUGGGCCGGGUCAUGCUCAUCCAGAGGUGUGUCUCCGUCUCUAAACUCACAGCUGGAUUAGUGUCCUCAGCAUCCUGGAAGCACGUGCGCGUCUCGAGUCAGUCGGCAGCGAACAUGGCAGAGGAGGCGAAGAAGCUGGCGGCGUACGCUGCUGUGGACAACCACGUCCAGAACAACCAGGUGGUCGGAGUGGGCAGCGGGUCGACCAUCGUCUACGCUGUGGACAGGUUAGCUGAGCGAGUGCGUCAGGAGAAGCUCAACAUCGUGUGUGUGCCGACUUCCUUCCAGGCUCGUCAGCUGAUUCUGCAGCAUGGCCUCACGCUGUCGGAUCUGGACAGGCACCCAGAGCUGGACGUGGCGAUUGACGGAGCGGACGAGGUGGACGCAGAUCUCACGCUGAUUAAAGGUGGAGGCGGCUGCCUGACUCAGGAGAAGAUCGUUGCUGGCUGUGCCAAACACUUUGUCGUCAUCGCAGACUACAGGAAGGACUCCAAGGCGCUGGGCCAGCAGUGGAAGAAGGGAGUUCCUAUCGAGGUGAUCCCCAUGGCGUACGUUCCUGUCUCCAGGACGAUAGCCAAACGCUUCGGAGGAGAGGCCAACUUACGGAUGGCUGUCAGUAAAGCAGGUCCCGUGGUCACUGACAACAGCAACUUCAUCCUGGACUGGAAGUUUGAGAGCGCUCAGAACUGGAAGGAAGUCAACACUGCCAUCAAGAUGAUUCCAGGUGUAGUUGAGACCGGGCUCUUCGUCGGCAUGGCUGAGCGAGCCUACUUCGGGAUGGAGGACGGAAGCGUACAGGUUCGAGAUCCUCCAAUCAACUGAGGAGUUGACCUUCCUCACUGUCGCCCCUCCUCCCAAACGACCUCACUUUACCCACAAGUGCCGUGUUCCUGAUUUCCGCCCGGUCUCAGCCUGCGUUUGGACGGAGCUGCACCUCCUGCAGAUCUGGACCAAACUGUAACUGGGACGUUUUCUCACUCAUCUCAAACCAGAUAGAAACAGGAUCACUUGGUUUUCCUCAUCCUGCAGGUGGUGCUUCUGACACUGUGAGAUUUAAAGUGCCUGAUGAGGAAGACCAAGUGCGUCUGAUAUGUUUAGUGUUUUUUAUUUUCAGUCUCGUUGUUCGGUUUGCACUUCUGGUUGGCUCGUCCUGUAAUUAGCGGGUGUGACUGAAGCUGUGGUUCUCGACCAGCACGGCCGCUGAAUCACUGCAGUAUGAAACUAAGGUGUGCCUUGAGAUGAUAUUCUCAGUCCUAUUAAAAGAAACGAUGCUAUUAAAGAUACAGUUAAAAGCUCGUAAUUGUUGAUCAAACUGUUGCCAUCUGCUGCAGAUGAGUCGUCUGGUCUCGUGAAGGCUGGAGACGCCGUACACAGUCAGAACGCUGAUUUGCCUUCAAGUCUUUUUGUUUAAUUAGACGACAGAAAAGAGGAAUAAUAUGAAGUCUAUACUGCAACAUGCACAAGUUAUUUCUCAGCAAAUUAAUUAAUAUGCUAAUUUAAACUGAAAAAAACCUCCAAAAUUAAUGAGAUCUCGGACAAUUUGGGGAAACCCUGUGGUGCAGGUAUGAAGCUCCAAUUAUUCGGUUAUUAGUGACACGUGACACCCGACAGUGUCGCCUGCGUUCAGUGCAGCACAGAGCUGGGCUGUAAUAAAUAUGAUAAAUGUAAUGUAGCUGCUCGUGGCUCUAAAACAGAGACGUGUUAAGAAAUGGUUUAGUAAUUACAACAGAAACAGGUCGUCACACAGCAGGAAGUAAUGGUGUAGAAGGAACAGUGGGCAGAGAACCUGUUCACCAAGUCCUCGUCCUCAUCGACUACAUGCACACGCACAAAAUAUUCUGGUUAUUACACACAGAAAAAAAAACAAGCAUGGACCAAUGAUCAGGGUUCAUAAGGUCAUGAAAGUCCUGGAAAAGUUAUCAGUUUUCCAGACCUGGAAUUGAUUUGAAAUUAACAACGUGUUCCGGAAAAGUUUUGAAUAAACAUUGUUCGCUAUUGUUUUAAACAUGUUCAUAAAAACUCCCAAACAUGUCUGUCAUUACACAGAAUAUAAAAUCUGUGUGCUGUGCUUCGACCAGACCAGAUCAGCAUUGUGUCAUCACCAAGGCUCCGCCUCCUUUUAGGUCACUGAUCCACUUGGACGGAGGGACGCAUACAUAAAACAAAAGUUUUAGAAAUAUAUGCAGACAAAGUUAUAAUCCACAAGGAGAAUGAAACAAACUAAAAUGCCACCAAAGUAAAAGAUGAAAUAAAGAAAACAAAAAUCAAGAUAAUAAAUGAGAAUUAAAAUCAAUAAAACGGACAGACUGCUCAGAUACAGUCAGGACAUGCUCUCCAACAGAAGCACAUUCUUUGGAGAGACGUAAACGAAGACAGUGACUCAGAUGAGAAGAAUGUAUGUCAGCUGAGCUGAGCCAGCUCAUUUUAAAUGACUUAAAUUAAGUCGUGGAAAUGGGGUAAAAAUAUUCAUUUUUCACGAGGUUGUCUCUCCAUCUUCUUUCCAACCUGUAAAACAUGACACGCCCACUGAUGUCAUCACUGUUCGCACUUCAGGUCAGAAAAACCUGCAGUUUUGGUUCCAGCUGAGAACAGACUUUUUAGGUUUUGAUGCAAUUUAGUUUUGUUUGAAAUGCAAACAUUCAAAUUGAGGUGCAGGAAGCAGCACAGAGCCGCCUCCAUGUUUGUGGAAAAGGUUUAAAUGUUUGUGCGACAGCAGCUCCUGGUUCGUUUUGUGACAACAGCGAUUCAUUUCUCCUGAUCUCAAACGUUUAGCCGCACCUGACGACAUGUUUAUAUCCUCUUUCCAAGGGUUUAAACUUGUUGUGGACAUUUCUGCAGGUUAGACGGCUUAUAACAUGACGUUAACCUGGAAACUGCUCCGUUCUGUCACAAGAGAGUCCCGUAAGGCACAGGACACAGAUACAGAUAUAAAUGUGUUUAUUUAAUUGUCCUGUCGUGUACGUCGUCGUCAUGAUAGGAAGAUAUUCUCGUCGGUUAUUAAAUUCUAACAUAUGGCAGCCUCUCGUGGACCAAUGAUCUGAUUUCCUGAGUGCAGACAGAGUUUGGGAAAUCUUUGUACAGUCACACUCGUCAUUGAGCAGAGUUAAAGUCCACAGCUUCACUGUUGAUGUACCUUCAUGCCUGCACCUCCUCCCACUGUGUCAGCUCUGUUUGUGCCUGUACGUUGCUUUUGAUUCCUCACACAAACCGUCUGGUCACAGUUCGUCAUGUGUCAUUGACUUCAGUUUAAACACAGCUGUAGAGAGACCUGUAGAACAUUGUGAGGUCGUGAUGAUGGGCUGUUACUCUGUGAUAUGGUCUAAUGUGAUGAACUCAUGCAGCUGAAAUCUGAACCAACAGCAGUGCACAUGUAUUUAAUGUACCUCGGCACGUCAAAAAGCAAUAGAUCCCUGUGUUUGACUCUGAUGUAGCAACAUUGUGAUGUAGCUUAGCAUAAAGUCUGAACAACUGACGCUCAGAAUCACUGCUACAUGUUGUGAUCAGGUUUAAAAGAAAAUAUUUCAGGAUAUAAAUGUGUCAGAAAUGCAGCAGCUAAAAACAAAAGAUGAAUCUCUGAGGAUUAAUUUGAUUUGUGUGCUGCUAAUUUAAAGAAGCAUUGAAGAUAUUUCAUGUCGUGUCAGUUCUUCCCUGAUUGAAUCGUAUUUCUGAUCAUUUCAAGAUGUUGAUGUCUUCAAAAAUGAAUGUGUUGUAAAAGAUGUUAUACUCAUUGUGCAGCAAGUUUAUGUGAGAACAUGGCCCCUUUUCCACUGCAGCAAAACAUGGCUAACACCUGCUAACAUCUGGCUUUUUAAUCUAAUAGGAAAGUUUACAGUCUGUAUUCACACCUGGGUCAGGUGACGCUGUGGUAGCUGCAGGUAUUUAUCGGCUCUGGCUCCGAUCGGCAUUGAUGAAAACACAUUUUAGUCCCCGAGAUACACAAAGGCACGUACACAGCUCUGAUCUACUGUCAGUGGGGAAACAGUCCGGCGCUUGUUGUUAGCGAGUUUAGCCAUGUUUAAAAAACCACAUACAGGCAUUAAUUUUGGUGUAAAAGGGGUUAUAUGUGUCUCAUGUCCGCAGCAUGGUACUCUCUUUGAAUUGUCUAAAAAUACUUGGAGUUUAUUUCCCACGCACUUCCACCCUCCUCCGAUCAAACAGUAAUCAGUCAUGUUGUGUUUCAGAGGACACGUUACUGUCCGUCAUCUGUCUGAAGGCUGUGAUUGUUUGAUAUAAUUACUAAUAUGUUUAAUUUUUGAAUGCAGCUACUCACUCUGUUUCAGUUCAUGUUGCCUUACACUUUAUUUCUGUUUGUUUUAAAUGUGCAGCUGUGACAGACUCAGGAGACGUGUAACACAAUCCUGUUUGUCUCCAAGUCACUGUUACUAGUUUCAGGUCAGAACUGGAGGACGUGUCGGCCUCAGUGGUGUGUAGACAAACUAGACUGGGAGUAUGUGGCCCAGUUUGGGGCCAGUAUGAUCUGCACACUAUGAUAUUUAUGCACCAGCAUUUCUUUUCUUCCUUCCUUCACCAAGUGACUGUGAUCAUGAUGUUAAUGUGAAGGUACUAUUUCCUUUGUCAGCCAAUACAGACCUGUCAUGGUAACACACA